AUGCUCUUCUUGUUGGCAGCAUUGGAGUCUUCCUUUUUUGUAAAAUUGACGGCAGGUUUCUCCACUCUGGCCUCCAGCAAAAGAAAGUUCUCUGCCAAAAUGUCGUCCACCUGUCUCUCCUCCACUUCGGUAUCAUACAUGGAAGCCCUCUCUUUGGCAGCCUCGGAAGGUUUGGGCCGGCCCGUUGUACUGGAAAGCACAGCCGGAGGAGGCUACAGUGGUGGGGGAGGUGCCAGCACCUCGGCGGUUCUGGAUAAGGAGACGGGUGACAAGUACUUUGUCAAGGCCGCCUCGGGUGAAUACGACAUGCUCAAGGCAGAAUACCUGGGAGUCAAAGCCAUGGCCGAAACAAGUACCAUUCAAGUGCCCACACCGAUUGCCUUUGGACAGCAUGAACGGCGUGCCUUUGUCAUCUUUGAAUAUCUCAGCUUUUGUGGAGGCGGGUCCCAAUUCGAACUCGGAGUCCAGCUGGCAAAGAUGCACCGGUCGACCAGCGACAAGAGAUUUGGAUUCGAAGUGGACAAUACAAUUGGCGCAACGCCACAACCCAAUCUACCGUGGAUGGAUGACUGGGCCGACUUUUGGGAUACCCAUCGAUUGGGCCACAUGCUCAAGUUGACUGGAAAUGCCGGGCUCGGUGAUGACAAAGUAAAAGAGUUGCGACACAAGACCCGAGAACUACUCUCUCACAAACCGGCGCCAAGUUUGAUUCAUGGAGAUCUGUGGGGUGGCAACAAGGGUUUCUGCAAAAAGGAAGAUGGCAAAGUGGUACCCGUUAUUUUUGACCCGGCGACGUACUACGGAGAUAGGGAAGCUGAUGUGGCCAUGACGGAUCUAUUUGGUGGCUUUGGUAAAGACUUCUAUGACGGAUACAACUCAGAGUGGCCCUUGCCAGAGGGUCAUGAGAAAAGGGUAGAAGUCUACAACCUUUAUCACAUUCUUAAUCACGAUGUGCUGUUCGGGGGAAUGUAUAUCAACCAAGCCCGGGGUAUGAUUGACAGGAUUCUACGACCAUGA